AUGGCUGGCCGUCCUAUCGUUAUCUCUGGUCCUUCAGGUACCGGUAAGUCCACUCUUUUAAAACGUUUGAUGACAGAAUACCCAAACACCUUUGGAUUUUCCAUCUCAAACACCACCAGAUCCCCAAGACCCGGCGAGAAGGACGCUAUCGACUAUUACUUUGUCACUGUUGAAAAGUUCAAGAACAUGAUCAACAACAAGGAGUUCAUCGAGUGGGCGCAAUUUUCCGGCAACUAUUACGGUACCUCGAUUGCUGCUGUCAAACACGUGUCGGAGUCUCUGAAGAGAACAUGUAUUUUGGACAUCGAUAUGCAAGGUGUGAAGUCUGUCAAGAAGACCGACUUGAACGCCAGAUACCUGUUCCUUUCUCCUCCCUCGAUCGAGGAAUUGAAGAAGAGAUUAGAAGGUAGAGGAACAGAGACCCCCGAGUCUCUUGCCAAGAGAGUCGGUGCAGCAUCUGCUGAAAUGGAGUAUGCUAAGACUGGUGCACACGACAAGAUCAUCAUCAAUGAUGACUUGGAGAAAACCUACAAGGAGUUUAAAGAGUUCAUCUUCUCCGAACCAGUUUGA